AUGUUUGUUGUGGACUGGAUUGCUGCUGGGGUCGUUGCCAUACUGGUUCUCUUCCUCGCCGUGUACAUCGUUUUUAGAUACAGCGCAGAGGAGGAGGACGGCGAUGCGUGGCUCCCACGAGUACUCGUGAUAGUGACACUCUGUGUGGCUUGCUACGUAGUGCUUCUGCUACCCUUGGAGGUGGCACUGACAGGCGAUAGACCGUCACUCGACUUUUCCUGGGCCUGGAAGGGGAUGCUGGUUUCUGCGUACUCUCUUUUGUUUGUGGGCGGGCCGUUCACGUUUGUGUUCUACGAAAGCUGGUCUCCGACGCAGAACAGCGUUUGGACGCAGGUGCGCCUGUCUCUGGCGGUAGUGGUGGGCGUAAAUGUAGCAUUUGCGGCUGCCUUUGGCGCGUUGUGGUUGUGGGGUGCUCACCACGACCCAAAGGACGAUAUCCUUACGCGUGUACCGCCGUUCGUAUACUUUGUUGUCACCAUCUCUUCAUUUGGCUGGUGCUUCUUUUUCAUUUUUGCCGGGGUUGGCCUCGCUGCUGUGCCGCUCCGUGCCGUUGCCGCCUUUGUCAACCGCCCGCACCCGAUUACGAAGGCAGAGUACGAGCUGGCUCGUGUCAAGCUGAGGAUGGAGGUUCAGAGCCUUCUCGACGCAGGGCGACGUCUCGAUGCGCAAGUCGGAACCGGCCGCUCCAAUCACAAACAGCGUCAGCAGGUGCUUCUCUUCAGGCGCAGCGUGCGCGACGUGGAACGGCAGAGCGAGCGCAACGAAGCGGCGUACCAUCUCUCCGGCGCAUACAUACUUCGUUGCUACAUGGAGGCCGCGUUGGGCGUCGUCAAUGGUGUCGUAACUGUACUAUGGAUCCUUCACAUUUUUUUGUCUAGCACACUGAAUGUGUUCCCGCUGAUGGACCGCAUGGUUUGCUUCUUGAAUGGACUCCUUCCUAUGCUGGCCACGCUGAUCUACGCCUAUUGCGCCAUGUACCUCAUGUGGUGUACCAUUGUCGGCUGUCGCUCAGUGAGUAGGCGUAUGCUUAUUCUCCCUGUAUACCCUUUGAGGGUUCGUGGAACCAUGCUCAAUGCGCUCUUGUUCAAUUCACUGUUGCUCCUCUGCUCCGCGUUCGCCGUGCUACACCUGUGUGCCGUCAGCUUUUCCACUUACGCGGCAUCUACCUUUAUGCACAAUGUCUUUGUUGUCACUCUUCCUCAGAUGUUUGGGGCCAAGUACGUCUCCCAAGGCCUUCAAUAUGCACUACUUGCCGUUUUUGUGCUUUCCGUUCCGUGGCUUACAGUGUUUCCGCGGCGUAUGACCGAUGCGGUGAGUGACGAGGACGAGGACCAGGACGAUGGACUCGUCUAG